GCCAAAGUCGGAACUCCAAAAAGGAGUUCCGUCACUACAGUUUCGUUUCAAAAUCCCUAAUUAGGAACGAUCGUUCCCGAUAGCUGGAGCGUGAGGAGCAUCUGCAGGUGGUGUUUGAAGAAAUUUUCAUUGCACUUGAUUCUGGCGCAUUAGAGCAGCUGAAAGAGUUGAGUUCCAGGCGCAGAGCUGUUGAAGAAUCAAUUAAUGAGAGCAGCUUCAUGACAGAGGUUAUUGCGAGGGAAAUGGCAGGAGGAUUGACUUCUCGUUAUGAGCAGGACCUGCAAAAACUGGAGCAGUAUUUGCCACUUUUAGAAAAUUUGAUGAUUCAUGUUCAGUCACUUAGCAACAAUCAAAUAAUUGUUCGUUGGACUUCAGGCCUUAAGAUAAGAUGGACUAGUGCUCUUAGUGCUUCUUCAAUUUUCAACCUUAGGGGCGCAAAGUUCUAUAAUAUUGAUAGUUUGCACUUAGAGCUUGGGAUGAACCUUUUCCUUUAUGGUGCAAUUUUGCGAGAAAGGGCUUUGGAAGUUCUAACAGAAGAUCUGGUGCAGUCUGCUACUCUGUACAGGAAAGCUGCCGGAGUUUAUCACUAUCUGGUUAAUGAAGUACUUCAAUCUUUACAACCUCCAUUCACUCAGGAAAGACCGCCAGAAUGUACCUCAUCUGUGUGUUCCAUUAUGAGCUUAAUUUGCCUUGCUGAAGCACAGGCUGUGACUACCAGAAAAGCUGGAGAAAAGGGUACUACUCACAGUCUUUUAGCUAAGUUACACUAUGGCAUUGCAGAGUUGUUUGAUGAGGCUGGCAGUAUUCUACAUUCAGUGAAGAAAGACUCCAAAGAUACAAUUGCAAACAAGGAUUUCCUUUGUCCUCAUUCAACUUUUCUUUUUCAUUAUAGUUGUCAGUUUUUGGCUUUUGCUUAUCCUUUAUUGAUAGAUUCUAUGCUAUAAGGAUAUCCAUUUAUCAUGUCUAUGUUUUCUUGUCUUUAAGUCAUUAACAUUUUGUUUUCAGAAAUUUCUGUGAGCUUCAACUUAUUUGAACAAUUUUUUCUUAAUUAGCUGGGAAACAGGAGUGAUGAUUGUAUACUUGGUUAAUAUUUCAUAAUGAUGAUGAAUGAUUGUUGUCAA